AUCAGUUCCGCGAGAGGCAGACAGGCAGAAUACACGCGAGAGAGAAUUCUGAUAGGCGACUUCCGGCGAUUCCUUGGCGAUUUCUUGGCGAAUCCGACGAUUUCCUCUCGUUUUCCGAUUAGAUGGAGACUUCAAGUUCUAGUGGACAAUUAUUAUAUGGACCCGAAGACCCGUCCUUGCUAAAUUUGCAGAAACAUCACAUUUCACAUAAACUCAUGAAAGAGGGCACAACCCAAGUAUUUAAAGUCCGAAGGACAGAAAGCAAGACUUGGGACGUCGAAAUUCACGAGAAUGUUAGAUAUUGGCUGGACGUCUUUGGUUUCAAAGGCGUGAUCGAUUGUGGGAAGCCCAUGAAGGUGGACAACGAACUGAUCACGGCGUUGAUUGAGCGUUGGAGACCGGAGACGCACACUUUCCAUCUACCGAUCGAUGAGGCGACGAUCACCUUGGAAGAUGUGCAAGCCAUUUGGGGCUUGAGGGCGGAUGGUCGCGUUUUCACAGGGCGUGACUAACAUGACAACUUUCCAGACUGGACCAGCAAGUGCCGCGAUCUGUUGGGAUGGAUACCAGAUACUUCCACAGAGACAAAGCAAGGCGGUUUGCUGAUGACCGCACUGAUCAACCAGACAAGGAUGCCUCUGGGUGAUGACCUACCUAUGUACGUAUACAUCUAAAGGGCACGUAUCCAUGCCCUAAUUUUAUUAGGAGGUCUCAUUCUACCGGACACCACGGGGUGUAAGGUGCCAUUUAUGUGGUUGAAUGGGCUUGGGGAUCCGGAAGAGGUGAAGAAUAUUAGUUGGGGAAGUGCGGCAUUGGCCUACCUUUAUCAUUAUCUGUGCGAGGCUUCCAUGGAUAAGAGAAAAGAGUUGGGCGGGCCUAUGAUGCUUCUGCAGCUAUGGGCGUGGGAAAGAAUGCCCACAUUGAGACCUGCGUUCAUUGGACCAGUUGUGCACGAGCCAUAUACACCAUGUGGCGCCAGCUAUAUAUCUAAAUAUUUAUUUAUUAAUUUAUAUUGGGUUAUUUGCUUACAUCAAUUUUAUGUACAGGUGGAAAGGAACAACGCAGAUAGGAAAUGCUCCUAGACACUCGGUUGAGCAUUAUCGUGACCAAAUAUCUGUGAUUAGACCUGACCAGUUUAUCUGGACGCCAUACGCACAUUGCAUACUGCCUGACUACUGCAAUAAUGUGACUGGAUGCUCUCUGUGCGAGACCUACUUGGUAUGUUGGGCCUAUGUCGAGGCCCAUGAGCCUGGACGAGUGCGCCGACAGUUCAAUCGGUAUCAGGAUAUACCGCAGAAUGUAGACAGGAUGCUAAGGAACGCCGAUCAUUUAGGCAAAAAUGAUCGGCGUGGUAAGAAGGGCAACAACUGGGCAAACACGCAUCAGUUCUACAUUGGGGAGUGGGACAUGAGGUACGAAAGGUUCCAAGCUGCCGAAUACGCCGCACCGAUGUCCUUGGAUAUUCCCAUGAGCCCGGGUUAUAUGGCGUGGUAUAACAGAAUUACCGUGACGUACAUGACUCGGCCUGGGGCACGAGCCACUGCUGGGAUGAAUGAGUCGGCUGCUUCGAUGCGACUAUUUGUUGAGGCUUUUCAGCAAGUUUUCCAUUUAACUACGGAAGACGAAAUGGACCCCCCGAGUGCGACAGAUUCGAGAAAUUGUUAGGACUACCCUCGAACAUACCAACAACGGUGAUGUCAUGGAGUACCCCGCUUCUCAACAUCAGGAUGUGGUCGUGCCGUAUCAAGAAGAAGUAGUUCCACGGCGUCAUGGAGCGCGUGGUGUUCGGACUGGGGGACACGGCUACACAAAGCAGUUUAGGAUGUCUCAGGCGCCUCCCGAUUAUGUAGCACCAGAGGCGUAGUAUCAAGAGCAUGACCCACCCCAGUGGUAUUCACACCCGACGCAUGAGUCUCAGUCUCAGUGGGACCGUCCACUGCAUUCUCCAAGCCAUCCUGAGCCCGAUUGGAAUCGUCGCCCAUAUUCACAAAGCCAAGACGUGCCGCAAUGGAGUGGUGCCCGAGCGUCGGUCGAUUCAUUCUUCCAGAAUUAUCAGGUCAUGCCUCCUGUACAAGCUGAAGAAGAGGACGAUGAUGAAGAAGAAGAUGACAACAUUGUCGAGGCACAUGAGGAAGAAGACGUUGUUCAUAGCAUCCAUGUCUAACCUCGUCCAGCUGCGGAGGGUUCAUCACGCAGCGGGGUUGGGAAGCUCGUGAGCAAAGUGUACAAGAGUCUAUCUUCGAGGAAGAACAAGGGGAUUGAACCGGCUAAGUACACUCCGUCGUCGUAUAAGUAGCAUGAAGAAUGAAUGUAGAA